UAAGAGAUGAGUAUAUAAACGUUGGACAGCAUGAAGGAACAAAAAAUAAGUAGGUCACAUCUAUAUGAUGACUCGCAGUCUGAGUACGAAUCCGAAACAGAAUCACUAGGAUAUUCUGCACCAAACCUUGAUUUUGAAUUCAUUGAAGUUGACACAAGUGAGCCUCAAGAAGUAGAAGAAAAUGAAUCAAAGGUGGAGAAACAAGAAGAAGAAGAGUUUGAGUUUCCGUUGUUUUCAAUGGGUGGUGGUGGUGGUGGUGGUAGUAGCACUGACGGCAAAGCUGCAGAUGAACCAAAACAACCAAUGAAGGUUUCGCUCAAGGAGGCAGAAGAAGAAGUUAUCAACCAAGAACGUCCCGAAUCAUACUAUAUUGCAAAAUAUACCCCAGAUCAAAGUCGACAGUUUGAAGUAUGUGCGUUGGAUGCCAAAUCAAUAAUAGAACCAGUAUAUCCUAGUGAUGAUCCUAGACCAUGGAAAUGUAUUGAUUUGAACAAGUACAACGCCCAAAUAGAACUCGUGAAAAAUAAAGAAAAACGAAAAUCACGGCCAGGAAAGAAGAAAAGAGAAACCAAGAUUGCUUGCAGGGAACGGAGAAUCGAGCGUGUCCAAUUGGCAAAGAAGUUGCAGGUUGAGCAAAAGAAGUUGAAGAAGAAAAUGUUUCACAAGCGUGGGGGCAAGAAACAGAAACUUAAGGCUGCAGCCGGUGGCAAUAAAGCAUUCUCCAAAGACAAACCAGCAGCUCCAUCGAAACCAAAAUAUAGAACUGAGUAGUUGUAGGUGUAUAAAUAAUGAACGUAAGCUGGU